AUGGGAAAGGAGAAAGAAUUAAUGAUCACAGUCAAAUGCAGAAAACUCCAGUACUUAGGACAUAUUAUGCGGAACAAGAGUAGAUAUGAACUUCUCCAAUGUAUCCUACAAGGGAAAAUAGAUAGCAAAAGAUCACCUGGAAGAAGAAGAACAUCGUGGCUAGCCAACCUCAGAACAUGGUUCGAAAAAAGUUCAGUAGAACUAUUCCGGAGCGCAACUAAUAUAACUCGUAUAUCAAUGAUGAUCGCCAACAUCCGAAACGGAUCGGCACACUAA